UGGCAGGCAGCUGCUGGGCUGACACGUAACUAAAGUUAUAGGUGCUAUGGAGGCCUCGUCGGGAACUUGAGGUUCUUACUUUGCCAUUAUAAGCUUCUUUGAGUGGCGUCGGAGGAGCUAAAGCCUGCGAGGGGGAGACGAGGACGCAGAUCUGGAGUGGUCAGCCUCGGUUUGUGCAGCGUUUGAGCAGAGAGCAGGAGUUUGACGGGAAGUCAAGAGAAAAUCUGAGCGGCUACUUUGAAGUCGCAGGGGAGAGUCGCGAGUGGAUGUGGCCGUGCUAAAAUAAUGUCUACAUCUGGAAGUAGCUGCACUUAACUCGUACUUCUGUGUGGAAAUGCUCGGGGAGUGAGGGGACCGGGGUCAGCUUCAGCUUAAAGCAGGAGGUGAAAAGUUGAGUCGGAAGUUUCCAGCAGCAGAGACGGGGUUUGCUCGCGCAGACAGCGGGGAGGGGUGCGGGUCCAACAUGGGAAGCGGGGUGUGCUCCCGGAGGCAGCGGAGGAUCUUCCAGUGUCUCCUGCUGGUCACCGUGGUCUGCGGGGUGAUGUACGGGGGGAUGAUAUCCUAUGAGAUGCACAAGCAGCUCAAGAGGACGGAGGCGAUGGCACUCAAGUAUCAGCAACAUCAGGAGUCCCUCUCGGCACAGCUACAAGUGGUGUACGAGCAUCGCUCCCGGUUAGAGAAGUCUCUACAGAAGGAGAGGUUAGAGCACAAAAAGGCCAAAGAAGAUUACUUGGUUUAUAAACUUGACGCACAACAGUUACUCAACAAGGAGAAGCAAGAGGCCAGCAGCAGGCUCAGCGCUCUCCAAGUGCAACAUCAGAUGCUGAAGAACCAGCACGACGACCUGAAGAAGCAGUUUUACGAUCUGCAGGAGCAGCACCAAGUCCAGGGUGACGACCACAACCGGCUGCUGGACGAGCACAAAGAGCACUACGAGAAACUGCAGCAAAUGAAAGAGGUGGAAAUCUCCCACCUCAAAGAUAAUGUAUAUAACCUGAGAGAGGAGAAUAAACAGCUGAGGAAAGCCCACCAUGACAUUCACACACAGCUACAGGAUGCACAGAUUCGGCAUCAGGACCUGAAGGCAGCCCACGACAACCUCGCACUGACACUGGAAGACCACAAGAGUGCGCUGGCUGCAGCUCAGGUGCAGGUGGAUGAAUACAAGCAGCUGAGGGAGUCUCUGAACAGAGCACCAAACAUAAGACAGCCUGAACAAAACCAUGCCCCCCAGCAUCUGCAAGCAGCUGUCAUAGCGCCCGAGUCCCAUGUUCACGCAGUCCAACAGGCCGCAAUCCUGGAACAGCCACACAAAGACGAGCCUGCCCAUGAGGACCAUCACCAGGAUCACCAGGACGCUGAGUCCAGGUUGGACCAUCAAGAGGAGGAGAUGCACGCCCAGUCCCAGCUCAAGUCCCAUCCCACCGUGUCCCAGCACACCUUGUCAGACAAAGAGGAGGACAGAGAGGGAGAGGCUGAGAGGAGGAGGGAGCUGGCGGAGGAGGAGAUGGCUCAAGCGGGACAGCCUCAGAAGCUGGAGGAGGACCCGGACCAAACGCAGGAUGAGCAGCAGGAGGAAGAGGAGGAGCAAGAGCAGGAGCAGCCAGACGAGAACGCCUUGGACCAACAGAGACACCAGCAACAACCGGGUCCCCAUCCGGAGCUGCAUCAGGACACCCAGCUGCAGCACGAGGCGCACGCCCAGGUGGAGCGUGUGAAGUCGGCCUACGAGCAGCAGCAGGAGCAGCAGCGCCUGGAGGCUCAGAGGGCCGAGGAGCGCAGGCAGAUCCAGAUGCGACAGGAGGCCCUGCAGGCCCAGAGAGACAAGGUGCUGAAGGAGAGGGAGCAGAGGCUGAAGCUGGAGCAGGAGCGAGAGCAGGAGCACCACAGGGAGGCCGACAGACGGGAGCAGCUGCUCAGAGAGGAGCACGAGAGGAAGAGGGCCGAGUACGAGAACAUGGACAAUGAUAUCGUUCAAGGGGAAGAGGACCGCCACACUGAUGAUGAAGAAGACGGUGACAUGGUACACGAGGAGGAGGAGAACCAAGAAGUGGAUCACAGAGUGCCGUCACAUCAGCAGGGUGCUGCAGUCGGUGAUCUGGACCCGGAGGAUGACCCCAACAACCAGGGAGAGGACGAGUUUGAGGAGGCCGAGGACGAGCGGCCGCAGCACAGGGUCGCAGAAGAGGAGGAGGAAGAGGGGCCAGCAGCGCCGGCCCAGCACAAAGACACUCACCCGGGCCCUGAACAACCUGCUGUGGAGGAGGGGCUGGUGAUGGCUGGAAACCCAGAUCAACAGGAAGACACGCUGGAUGAUCAGUACCAGGAGGAGGCAGAGGACGAGGCUCAGGAGGACAUAGCUGGUGGGCAGAAGAGAGAGGAGGAGGUGGAGGAGGAAGGAGAGGAUCCAUAUAAUGAGGAGACCAUAGAUCAGGAUGACGUAAAAAACCAGGAGGGACCAAGAAAGGAGGGGGAUCAUAGAAAAGAGGCCGAGAACAACGAGGAAGAGAACUACGAGGAGGAAGAGGAGGAAGUAGAGGAGGACACGGCUGGUCACGACAAGGGAACCAAUCGGAGGGCAGAGAUGUGAGACGGACGCAGACUUUGACCAGUUGCAGUGCCUUUUUUUGGCUGCCUGUAGAGCCUUUUCGGAUCUUUCUUCCCCUUGUUUCCCAAAGGAAUAAAACCAGCCAUCCAUUCAGAGUUCCAAUUAGGAAAAUUGGGAUACUACGCCUGGAAGAUGGGAUGCUAUUCCAAACACUGUGGGGAUGGAACUGAGCAGCUUACACUGUGGAAACGGACAGAAUUUGUCAGACGUAAAUGGGAUGUAUACUGUAUAUUUUUUUCAUUCAUCUGCUUCUCUGUCUACUCACUCGUCUGCCUAAUUGCCUGCCUGGUUCUGUUUUUGAACAGCAGACAGGCAGAGAAUGUAUUUCUAUCAUGUGCUGUCUUUGAGUAUUUGUAAAGAAAAGCAAAGAUAAAUUAUGUUAUUCAGAUGUCCUCAUGUUCAGGCCUUUGUAUGUCUGUUUUAUGCAAACAGUUUUUAUUCUUUGUAGAGCUCAAGUUUUAAUUUACACCUUGCAUUCCAAUAGAUCAAGUCGUUUUCUGUUAUUUAUUGUUGAACGUAACAACUCUGACAAUCGUUAAGGAAAAAAAAAAGGUGCAACAUUUCUUUUUCUGAACCAGUCGUAAUGGCUUUCACCAACUAUUUGAAGCUGAUCCGCAGGAGAAUUUCCACUGGAUAUUUCUGCAAAAUGCCAGUCAAAGAGACAUUUCUGGUGAAGCCGCUCUGGGCUGAAAGUGUCACACUGACAUGUGCCUUUCCAUUCUUGGAAACCUCCUCUAGGUCUUAGUCAUUUUUACAUGUGGAAAAUCAUUUCAGUAGACGGGAGGAGACACAAUGCCAGUUAGUGCUCAGCCUCUUGUGUCUUGCUUCAGCAUAGCCUUAAACGGAGGGCUGUUUCACGUCGACUGCUGGUGUGAAUUCAUUUCACAAACCUUAAUUCAAAUUACUGCAAAAUCUUUAGUCUACUGUACAUUUCAUAAUAAACAGUUGCUGACAAUUUGUACAUGUUUUCCACCAGUUACAUUUGAUACAAAAAGCAGGAGGUCAUGAUUGUAUUGCACCAUGUUUGCCACCUGAAUGGUGUGUGUGGAAUAAAGAGGUCAGAGGAUUUCAGGUAA